AUGGCAGAGUACGGAGCAGAGUACGGAGCAGAGUACGGAGCAGAGUACGGAGAUGUGUGCAGUGGACAGGAGGCCACUUUCUGCAUGAACGGAGGCUCCUGCUACAGGCCUCCAUCCAUGAACUCCCUCUCCUGUGUGUGCAGGCACAUGUACACGGGCAGCCGCUGUGAGACGCUCAGCCUGUUUGCCAGUUCUCAGAGCGGACAGAACUACGGCCUCAUCGCGGCCGUGCUCAUUGUGGCCGUCCUCAUCGCCGUGGCUGUGGCCGUCUUCAUCUACUACAUCAUCAAAUUUCGACGAAUCAGAAGAAAGAAGCAGCAGAACAGUGACCAACAAGGACAGUACUGGGAGGUGGAGUCAAGGGUGGGGGCGUGA